AUGGGCGGCCUCAAGAAGCUCCUCGCCGUCGACCACCCCCCGUGCCUGGCUCCCGCCGCCACCGCCGCGCCCGCCGGCCCGCCGGCCCUCGACCCGGCCCUGCUGCUCGACAGGCGCUGCUGCUGCUGCCGCCGCCGUCGUCGCCCGCGCCCCAGCCAGCUCUCCCAGCACCCCCAGCCUCAGUACCAGCACCAGCACCAGCUCCAGCACCAGCUCCAGCACCCGCCGCCCGCACCCUGCCCGCGCCGUGCCAGCCGCCAUGUCGACGUGCUCGACGCCCUCCUCGCGCCGCCCGUCACCGCCGCCGCCGCCGCCGCCGUGCUGUACAACGAGCACAUCGCCGACCGCAACCUCCAGCGCCAGCGCCAGCGCCAGCCGCGACCCGCCGGUGCUGCUCCCAGGGCGUCCAGGACCAGACAGCCGCCACAGCUCCCGGACGAAGCCGCAGACACACUGAAGCCCGCCGCCGGCCGCGAGACCACCACGCAGUACGACUUCCCGCUGCCUCCGCGCCCGCGCUCCUUUGCCGCGCGCAAGAACCGCCACGACCUCUCCAUCGACCUCGACCGCGCCGCCCCGCGCUCCGGCUUCGUCAAGCUGGCCACCCAGCCCGCCGCGGCCCCAGCGCACGAUGCCCCCCGCCGCCGCCACGCCGACCGCGACCUCGUCAGCAGCCCCGUGUCGGUCGCCAGCCACGCGCCGUCGCUGAAGAUGCCCGCCGCCGAGGUGCAGGAGAUCAUGAACCUGUUCAAGCAGGCCUACGAGUCCCUGCACUCCCUCGACGCCCACCCCACCUUCGAGACGCUGCAGGACGCCAUCAUCCGCGAAAUCAACUCGCACGACGCCUUCCGCCACAUCCAGUCCGACGACGACGACGACGACGACGAUGACACCGCCGUGCCCUCGCUCUCGCCCUCGCCCUCGCCCGCGUCGCUGCUGGAGGAUCAUCGUGCCCGACCGUCUGUCGACCGCGGGAUCGCCACCCCACCCAGCCGGAAUUUCUCCCGCAAGGAAAAACACCUCUCGUUCAGGGCACGAAAGCUUAUGCGCGACUCGCCGACGCCGCGCGAGCUGUCCAUCCCUGCUCUCAAAGGAUUAGAGUCGGACCCGGCCUACUACUACGACCACGACCGCGCCCGCCCGCGCCCACACCACACCACGUACCCCCUGGCCCGCCCGUCCCUCGACACCACCAACGUCGUGGUCGUCGCCGAGCCGCCGCAGUAUUACGACCCUGGCCAUCCUCGCCAUCGCCCGCCGCCGCCGCCGCCGAGCCGGCGCUCCCUCGACACGCAGAAACGUCUCUCCAAAGCCACCUCCACCACCACGACGACGACGACGACCACGGCCGUCGACACCCCCGAUUCGUCGCGCUGGUCCUACCUCCCCAGCAGCGUGUCCAGCCUCGGCCGCAAGCUCUCGCAGUCGCACACCCUGCACACCACCAGCCCCGACCGCCGCGCCAACAAUAAUAAUAAUAAUAAUGCCUGCGUGUCCUCUCCGCCGCGAUACAGAAUCCCCUGCGUCGCUGUACCUCCUGCCGAGAACGCGCCCCAGCCCGCCGCAGCGCUGUGCCGGGGCGAGGACCCGUCGAGCUGGCAACGGUCGCGGGUCUACUAG